AUGGCGGUGUUGUUGGAGAAAUCGACUAAAGAGCGGCUUCUCAGUGUGUUGGGUGAUUUGGAGGUUCUGUCCAGGGAGCUGAUCGAGAUGCUCGCUCUGUCCAGAACACAGAAACUGCCGCAACCCGGAGAGGACUCACAGAUCUUGGAGCUGCUGGUGCAGAGGGACCGAGAGUUCCAGGAGCUGAUGGGGGUGGCGCAGCAGCAGGGGAAGGUGCACCAGGAGAUGCAGCUCCUGGAGAAGGAGGUGGAGAAGAGAGACAGAGACAUCCAGCAGCUCCAGAAACAACUGAAGGAAGCAGAACACAUCCUGGCCACUGCUGUUUACCAGGCAAAAGAAAAACUCAAGUCCAUUGAGAAAGCCCGGAAAGGAAGCAUCUCUUCUGAAGAAAUCAUCAAAUACGCUCACAGGAUCAGUGCCAGUAACGCUGUGUGCGCCCCGCUCAACUGGGUACCUGGUGAUCCACGCAGGCCUUAUCCCACAGACCUGGAAAUGCGCAGUGGGAUGUUGGGUCACAUGGCCAACCUGCCAACCAAUGGUGUGAACGGUCAUCUGCCGGGUGAUGCGCUGGCUGCCGGGCGGUUGCCAGAUGUUCUGACGCCGCACUACCCCUGGCAGUCCUCGGACGCCUCUGUGGGGAUGCUGCCUCCUCACCAUGGCAAUGACUUUGGCCUGGAGCCUCCGGGUCACAACAAAGAGAACGAGGACGACGUGGAGGCGAUGUCCACCGAUUCAUCCAGCAGCAGCAGCGACUCCGACUGAAGGCUGUAUGGACACAUUUGACCAGAGACAGUCAUCUGUGAGCAUCUCGAAUGGAAGACGAGACAAAAUGAAGGUUGAAACCAGAACAGGAAUCAUUCACCUCCCUUCAAUCAUGUGCCACAUGACUGCCUUAAAGUGAAACUUACAUUUUGAAGCUGACUUGUCUGUUCUGGACCCACUGUUGAUGAGAAGUAUUUUCCACUCUGACCCUCUGAUUCAGUUUUUUUUUUUUUUUUUUCCCCCCCCCUCAAUCACUUCAUGCCACAAACAGGAAGACGAUGCUGGAUGUUUUUGUUUAUUGAUUUUUGUUUUCCCAGCAGCCAGCAGUUCUGGAAUGACAGUAUUUAAGUUGUAUGUCAAGUAGAGAUAGCAGUUAGUUAGGGGAGGUGAUGAGCUAGUGGUUAAGGUGUUGGGCGUGAGACCAGAAGAUCCUUGGUUCAAAUCCCAGCCUGAACUGGAAAAUCAUUAAGGAUCCUUGGGCAAGGU